CCUCCAACCCAAACCCCACUCCCACCACUCUAGUGUUUUGCUAGGUUACAUAUAAAUGUUCUUGGGAUAAAUUGUUUACCAAGAACACAUCUUCUAGGAAAAACAUUUUACAUAGAAAACACUUUCCUUCAUACCAAACACCCCCUAAGUUUAGUCUCUACCUGGUCCCCCGGGCCAGGGUGGCUGGCGACAAUAAGCAAAGGGAUCUGCUUUGUCAUUGAUUCCAACAUAUGAACAGACAAAUUUAAGGGCAGUUCUGCUAAUAUCAACAACUCGCAAAAUUCAACUGAUGUUGGCCUUUACCUAAUCAUAGUCAUUAGUUUCAUGAAGUUGCCACUCUGCACAUGUCAAUUUUUCUAUUCAAUUUGUUGCAUGUGUCAACGUGCCAGAAAAUGGUAGUCUCAACUUCUGUAUAAAUACACCAGUACUAAAGUCUUACCUUCAAAUUGAGUCCAAAAUUUGAAGAAAAUGGAGAGUAAAAAAUUAGACGGUAAAAUUGCCAUCAUCACUGGAGGAGCAAGUGGUAUCGGCGAAGCCACGUCACGUCUCUUUGUUCAACAUGGGGCUAAGGUCGUAAUUGCUGAUAUCCAAGAAGAAAAGGGUCGAUCAGUUGUACAAUCAAUCGGGUCGGGUCACUGCACUUUCAUCAAAUGUGACGUCACAGAUGAACAAGAAGUCCAAUCAUUGGUAAAAUCAACGGUGGAGAUUUACGGUCGGGUAGAUAUCAUGUUCAGUAAUGCUGGAAUUGCUAGCACACACGAACACGAACAAGAUAUCCUAGGAUUUAAUCUAGAUGCUUCAGACAACCUUUUUAGUAUCAACGUACGCGGAUCAGUGGCGUGUGUGAAACACGCGGGAAAGGCUAUGGUGGAGUGUGGUGUAAAAGGGAAAAUAAUUUGUACUGGGAGCGUGACAGCCACGAUGGGUGUGACUAAGCAAAUUGAUUAUGCAAUGUCCAAACAUGCGGUACUUGGAUUGGUGAAGUGUGCAAGUAAGGGAUUAGGUAAGUAUGGUAUACGUGUGAAUUGUGUUUCUCCAGCAGCAGUGGCAACACCUGUGUUAGAGAAAUCAAUGAAGAUGAGUGUAGAUGAGAUAGAGAAAAUGUUUGAGUCUUUCAAUUGUUUGAAAAAUGGGGCUCUAAAUGCUUCUAAUGUAGCUGAUGCUGUCUUGUUUUUGGCUUCAGAUGAUUCUAAGUUUGUUACCGGCCAUAAUUUGGUCGUCGAUGGAGGUUUUCAUCCUCCUGUUUAGAUUUGGGCUUUAGUGGUGGUUUUCAUGCCAGUUGACUCUGGGCUUAUGUUUCCUCUUGUAUCUAUGUUGGGCUAUUUGGGCCUGAAAAUCUGUUCAUACCAAAAUAAGAGAAUUUUCAAGCAAGUGAAUAUGGUUUCUCUACCAAGGUCAAAAUGCCUCAAUUCCAAGUGCUGCAGUAUGAGUUUAGAUCUUGUCCAAUUGAGUUCUCCUCUUCUUUUCCUUUUAACUAUGUGUUAGCAAAAGAAAAAAGAAAAAAAAAAGAAUUACGUUUUACCAUUAUCCAAAUCAUCCAUAUAGAGCGAUGAUGAGUAAAAAUAACUGACACAUAGGAACAAUCAAGUACUAUAACGUAGAGCCUAUAGAAAGAGGGAAGUAAAGAUCAAGUGAAAAUGGUGUGGAUUAGCCAUUUUUUGAGCAUGUAAUUGGAGAAUAGCCAGAGUUUGUAAUUAAAUAAUAAUCAUAUUUUAAUGCAAAUACAAAAUU